AUGCGCGAGUCCAACUUUGCUUUUCCAGCUCAGAACAGAGCCUGUGUCUGUAUCUCCUCUCAGCUCUACGACAGACGAGCGCUCGACACCAACUCGCCUUUACCAUUAUUGAACUCGCUCACGCACCUCACGUAUCUCACGUCGACAUCACCUCGUAUCCGGGAGAUACUCACGUGCGACGGUGGCCUGGAAAGACUCGUCCGCCUCCUCCGCGACUUCUGCCUUUCACCCCCGCCCCCGGAGAAUCCAUCUGCAAUCUUCGGGCUGUCUCCUCCGGGUCUUCCGCGUCCAGCGCAGGUCCCAGCUUUGAAUCCGAAAUCUUUUGAUCGGCAUGCCUCUUACCGCUUCUCGCUGGCGUUCCAGUGUGUGGUCAACAUUGGUGUGCGUGGCUCGGAACCUAUUCGGAGUCGUGUCGUUCAAGCGGGCACUCUUGAAGUUGUCGGGUGUAUCUUAGAGGCAUGGCUGGCUUCAAAGGGGUUCGCGGUCGGCCCGAGUGCCAGUGCAAGCGGGAUACCACGUGAGACCCGUGAACAGCGGCAGCAACGUCGCCAACAACAGCUAGAGCAGAGACAGCGCGAACAAGCUCAAGAGCUUGCUAGGCUGCUCGCUAUCGAACGAUCGCUUGCGAAUACUGAGGAGGAACAAAAUGUUGCCACAUCGGACGCAGAGACAUCUGUUUCUACUGAUACGUCUGCUAAUGCAACUCCAUCAGGAUCGGGCACACCGACGAGCACUGUCAUCGUUCCAGGCCGUGACAGGUCCGGGACGGUCGUCGCACGCCGAGUAUGGGACACUGCGCAGUCAAAUGCACGUGAGCCUACGCCAGCGGGUCCGUCGAUGUCCCGCUCUCGGACAGUUCGGGCUCGCGAAGCAGCAGAAUCCGCAACCCCUUCAGCUUCAACAUCCAGACCAGACACCGAGACGGAGGAUGAUGGCGACCCCGACGCAGACGGUGAUGUGGACAUGGAAUCGACGUCACACGACCACGACACUGACGAAAAUAUGCCUCCCCGCCUUCCGACACAUCCUCAUACACGCCGAACGGUCGGCAUUGUACAAGAUUCGCCUUCACCAGCAGCCACAGGUGUAGUGGGAGCGGGUGUUGCUGGUGCAUCUGAUGCGCUUGAUGUUGACAUGGAUGCACACAUUAUCAUCAAUACUAACGUUGGUGAUGAUGGCGUAGCAGAAGGAAUCGUUGCACUCGACCAAAAUGUGAACGAUGAUCUUGCUAUGGGCGCUCCACCAGGUGCACCAGGAGCUAUAGAUGCAACACCGCGCACACGUACAAACACUCUCACGUUGAACACAAGGAACAUCAAUCUACAACGAGAACAUCAUCCACACGUCCACGGCCGUGAAGAAUUAACGCCGCGUGCCGUACUUGCAAAUCUUCCCAUGCACGCUCAUGCACAUACACAUCCUCAUGCACAUGUCCCUGCUCCGAUCGCGAUGCCCGUCGCCGCGACUGGUGCUGGACCAUCUCGAGGGGCCGCCAUUACUCAGGCUGCCUUGAGGGCUGCUCAGUUAACUGGAGCCAAUACAGCCAAUGCAGCAACACCAGCACCUACCACAAUGCCUCCCAGGUCAUCUCACCGGCAUCAUCAUCAUCACCAUCACCACGCAGAGGAGCAGGGUCCGUAUCGUGAGGAAGAUGUGCUAUUGUCUUUGCAGCUACUGGCGUAUCUGAGCAAGUAUCCUCACGUCCGGCAAGCAUUUUACAAACCACGUCUGAGCUUCCAUCCGGCUACAGCGAUGGCUCAGGGUCAUAGUAUGCAGAACAGCAGCAUGACUAGCACUUCAGAGGCAUCAGGUUGGCGGAAGACUGGUACCGGCGCAAGUGCAACUGCUAAUCCUGCAAUAGUUUCAACUGCAGAUACCAAGAAGGACCUUGGGUUUUUCAGAACAUUAACCGGACGAGGAAAGGAGAAGGAAAAGACAUCUACACCCGCGACUUCGGGUUCUCGUGACAAUGUUUCUCAGACUGGUCAGAAUUCGGGUACUCCACCCCGGAUGACAAACGUAUUUUCGUUAGUCGAACGGUUCACAUUCAGGCCCAGUCCGACAGAGAGUGCUCUUCCCUCGCCUCCACCGUUCUUACCGCCCGAGAUUCAGUAUUGGGCAGGUGUGAUUAUGCGCAAUGCAUGCCGCAAGGACGAGAGUCGUGGUGGUAUUAGACAAUGUGCUAACAUGCUUUGUGGAAAAUGGGAAUCCUUCCCGCGAGAAUUUGCAAAAUGCCGAAGGUGCAGAAAGGCGAAAUACUGUGGGAAGGAGUGCCAGUCCCGUGCGUGGAGCGAAGGUCAUCGUUUCUGGUGCAGCGCACGCGAAGGAGAAGACGGUAAUGAAGGCACGGGUGGCAAUGGCACCUCUAGUGGUGCUGGCGGCGGCACUACAGGAGCUACUGCCACGACAAACCCAUCUCAACAAAAUCAAAGUACCGAAGAGCACGCGGAUGUAGAAAAUAAUACCACCGGAACAGGGGCCAGUCGUGCAACAUUAGAUAGAAUUGAACGGAGGCAGGCUCGUGACAGGGAGCGACAGCGAAUGUCUACGGCUGCGGCUGCGGCACUUGCUGCCAUGCAGCCAGCUCCGAGCGCUGCUUCCGCCGUGGCGGCUGCUAGGAAUGCAUCAACGUCAUCAACGGAAACAGCUGGGCGUGGGGCCCGGCCAAGCGGUCCAGCGUCAUUACCUGCAGGCUCAUACAUGGGUACUGCAGGCCUUUCAGAUGCUUCAACGGCAACAAUGCUUAUUGAUUUUGCAUCAGCCGCACUCGUUCAAGAAAGCCUGCGACGUCAAGGGACGGCACUGCCCGACGUUGCAAACAAUUCUCUCGCGACUGCGGACGGAUCUGUCGGCGAGUUGACCCUCCCCACCGGUAUCAACUUCAAUGCAUACACCGCAGAACAGCAAGCAACAAUUCGCAGCUUCCUCCACGCUGUUGGUAUUGGGGAGAUGCAGACUGAUGCACUUAUGGGGCCAGCUUCCCAGGGCGCAGCAUUGGCUGCUUCCGGAACUGGGGAUGUCAGCGUCAACAUUGACUUUCAUCAUCACGGAAGCGAAGUGGAGCGGGAACGGAUGCUUCCAGAGCGUAUUCAGGCGAUGAACGUAGGAGAUCGCGUUAACCCGCCUGCUAGUUCGACAUCUCGUUCGCAAGGAGAAGGAUCUCAGGCCGAUAUGGAAUUGACGGGAGACGAAAUGAUACUAGGGUGAUGAGGAUGUUCUUGUCCACUGCAGCUCGGUCGAUUCGCCUUGACUCUCUAUUUACAUAUCUAUUCAUGCUACUGUUUUUCUCACUUCUUUCUAGCAUACACUCAAUUACGUUACUCUAUUUACACAAUCCACAUAUGUCGCGGUAUCUCCUGCUUUGUAUGUGCAUGAUCACGAUUCGCAAUUUCCUAUCAUCCAAUUGUAUAUCACGCUCUUACAUAGUACAGUGUCG